AUGAUGGCGGAUCCCCCCAAACUAGCGUCAUCGUUCGGCAAGACGAUGCUUAUCAACAAAUCCCAAGAAGCCGAUGAGCAAAAUGACAUAGUCACACAGGAAGAUUGUUGGACCGUCAUAUCUUCGUUUUUCGAGCUGAAAGGAUUAGUGCGCCAGCAGCUGGACUCCUUUGAUGAGUUUAUACAAAAUACGAUGCAGGAAAUUGUGGAUGAAAAUGCAAAUCUUGUGGUAGAGUGCGCCAAUGCAAAUGCAUUGGCCUCCGAGAGGGGACGUCGCCACGAAAUCCAUUUUGGACAAAUUUACCUUUCAAAGCCAUCGAUGACAGAAUCCGAUGGUUCUACAUAUCCGAUGUUUCCAAACGAGGCUCGGCUUCGAAACCUGACCUAUGCGGCUCCAUUAUAUGUGGACAUUACUCGGCGCAUUGUUUCUGGCGGUGACUCGACAACACCGCAUGGAGGCGAUGAUGUGAUCGUCCACGAGGUCGAAGAGCUCCCCAAGGUGUUUAUUGGCAAAAUUCCAAUUAUGCUACGCUCGACAUACUGUAUCCUACAUGGCAUUAGUGACCGUGAGCUAGUUGACCUUGGGGAAUGUCCUUACGAUCAAGGCGGGUAUUUUAUCAUCUCUGGCUCUGAAAAGGUGUUAAUUGCUCAAGAGCGUAUGGCUACCAAUGUGGUUUAUGUUUUUUCCAAAGCACAACCUUCCCCCGUAACUCAUAUUGCAGAGAUCCGAUCGUCAGUUGAAAAGGGAUCAAAACUCUCCACGACACUUACGCUAAAGCUUCAAACACGCGGUGCAGGGGGGAGCAACGGCGAGGGUGGAAAGGUGAUUCGGGUCGCUGUUCCCUAUGUCAAGAGCGAUAUUCCAAUUGGAAUUUUAUUUCGGGCAUUGGGGUUUGUCUCAGACCGGGAGAUUCUGGAGCAUAUUUGCUGGGAUUUCGAGGAUGCUGAGAUGCUUGCAGCUCUGAAGCCAUCUAUUGAAGAGGCAAUUGUGAUACAGGACCAGACCAAUGCUCUCGACUUUAUUGGGAAAAGAGGCACGCCACCGGGGACGCCACAGGACCGCCGCAUCUCCUUUGCACGAAUGAUUCUGCAGAAAGAGAUGCUACCGCACAUGGGCGUGCUAGAGUUCAACGAGACAAAAAAGGCAUAUUUUUUGGGAUACAUGGCGCAUCGCCUGCUGCUUGGUGCUCUCGACAGGCGUGAGCUUGAUGAUCGCGAUCAUUACGGCAAGAAAAGACUUGAUCUUGCAGGGCCACUUCUGGCCAUGCUCUUUCGCACACUAUUUAGAAAGCUGACGCGGGAUGUUGGCCGUCACCUUCAACGGUGUGUCGACGGAAAUCGGGAUUUUAAUUUGACGCUUGCCGUGAAGAGUACCACGAUCAGCGGGGGCCUCAAGUACUCAUUGGCCACCGGAAACUGGGGUGAGCAAAAAAAUGCCAUGUCCUCACGAGCUGGUGUUUCUCAAGUCCUUAACCGUUAUACGUAUGCAUCAACACUUUCACACUUGCGGCGGGUGAACACGCCAAUUGGCCGCGAAGGAAAGCUUGCAAAGCCGCGUCAGCUACACAAUACGCACUGGGGAAUGGUCUGUCCCGCUGAAACACCAGAAGGCCAAGCGUGUGGACUUGUGAAGAACCUUGCGCUAAUGGCAUAUAUUUCUGUGGGCUCUUCCUCAGCCCUGAUAAUCGAGUUUUUAGAAGAAUGGACGACAGAAAAUUUGGAAGAAAUUUCACCCGCCAUCAUUGCGGAGGCAACCAAAAUUUUUGUCAAUGGCUGUUGGGUCGGCAUACAUAGGGAUCCUGCACAGCUGGUGCGGACAUUGCGGCGAUUGCGGCGCAGUCUGGAUCUCUCUUCGGAAGUGUCUAUUGUGAGGGACAUUCCAAAUCGCGAGCUAAGAUUGGCAACCGAUGCUGGAAGAGCAUGUCGGCCGCUCUUCAUCGUUGAGGAAGGGCGUGGCCGCUUGGCUUUAAGGCGCUCACACGUCCAACGCUUGCGUGACGUAAAUUCAUGCUUUGGCUGGGGCGAGCUUGUGGCAGAGGGUGUCAUAGAAUAUCUUGAUGUAGAAGAAGAAGAAUGUGCACUUAUCGCGAUGACUCCUGACGACUUGGGCGCAAUGUCUGGCGAAAAUCUCUAUACACACUGCGAAAUCCAUCCCUCAAUGAUUCUGGGUAUUUGUGGGUCGAUCAUCCCAUUUCCAGAUCACAAUCAAAGCCCGCGUAAUACGUAUCAGUCGGCGAUGGGCAAGCAAGCGAUGGGGAUGUACGUGACGAACUAUCUUCUGCGCAUGGACACGCUCUCAAAUCUGCUCUAUUAUCCACAGAAGCCAUUGGUGACCACCAGAGCCAUGGAAUAUCUACACUUUCGAGCACUGCCCUCUGGUCAGAAUGCAGUUGUAGCGAUUGCUUGCUAUUCGGGAUACAACCAGGAAGACAGUAUCAUCAUGAACCAGUCUGCAAUUGACCGUGGACUGUUUCGAUCAACUUUUUAUCGGACAUACCAGGAUCAAGAGCAAGAUCGUGGGUUUACUUCUGUAGAGAUAUUUGCCAAGCCGCAGCGAGAUGAUCAGCAGACGACGCGGAUGCGACACGGUACAUAUGAAAAGCUCGAUGCUGACGGACUUGUGCCCCCAGGUGUCAAUGUUGUUGGUGACGAUAUUAUCAUUGGCAAGCUAGUUCCAGAGCCUGCUGCACCAGGCCGGUUUCGAGAUGCCAGCACACCAUUGCGGGCUUCUGAGCGCGGAGUUGUUGAUAACGUCAUGCUGACAACUAAUGCGGAGGGCUUCAAAUUCACAAAGAUCCGCAUCCGAUCUGUACGCGUCCCGCAAAUGGGCGACAAAUUUGCAUCGCGACAUGGGCAAAAGGGCACCAUUGGAAUCACGUACCGCCAGGAAGAUAUGCCGUUUACUAGAGAGGGUGUCACCCCAGAUAUUAUCAUCAACCCCCAUGCCAUCCCAUCCCGUAUGACCGUUGGCCAUCUGGUCGAAUGUCUUCUUGGAAAGGUUUCAGCGUGUACGGGCGAUGAGGGAGAUGCAACACCAUUCACCGAUGUUACUGUCGAUGAUAUCUCCGCAGCAUUGCGGCGGUGUGGCUAUCAGAGCCGCGGCCUCGAGAUUAUGUACAAUGGACACACGGGGCGCAAGCUUGCCGCACAAAUCUUCAUUGGGCCCACGUACUAUCAGCGCUUGAAGCACAUGGUUGAUGAUAAAAUCCAUGCUCGAGCAAGGGGGCCCGUUCAGAUUCUCACCAGACAGCCGGUAGAGGGUCGAUCCCGCGAUGGAGGGUUGCGGUUUGGUGAGAUGGAGCGCGAUUGUAUGAUCGCACAUGGCGCAGCUGCAUUUUUGAAGGAGCGGCUCUUUGACGUUUCUGAUGCCUAUCGUGUCCAUGUUUGCGACACAUGCGGGCUGCUGGCAAUUGCCAAUCCGUCAAAAAUGACAUAUGAGUGCAAGGCUUGUCGGAACAAGACAAUGAUAUCUCAAGUUCACCUUCCAUAUGCCUUCAAGUUGUUGGUGCAGGAGCUCCAAUCUAUGAACAUUGCACCCCGCCUGCAGCUUGCCUAG